AUGGUCGGCGAUUCCUCGUCGGGUUCUUUGACCGCUUCAGAGCCACAGCAAUGGCAAGACUCACCCAAAAAAGAAACUCUAGAAAGCGAGAAUGAUGUCGAUGUCGAAGCAGCAGAUAACAGCUCAACGCGGUCUGACCUUGAAAAGGGCAUUGUCGGAUGGGACAGUCAGCACGAUCCCGAUAUGCCACUCAACUUUUCUCGUAGCCGCAAGUGGUUCAUCACAAUCUUGUUAUCAGCCAUUACGUUUAUGACGCCUUUUGCUUCGUCCAUCCUUGCACCUUCGCUGGCGGCCUUGGAGAAAGAUUACGGCGUGGACGAUGUUACCUUGGGAUCGAUGCCCGUCAGCAUAUUUCUGCUAGGAUAUGCAAUUGGACCUCUGUUUCUGUCGCCCUUGUCCGAGAUUUACGGUCGAAAUGUGAUACUUAUAGCCGCAUGCGCCUGGUUCUGCAUCUGGCUCGUGGGCUGUGCGCUUGCUCCAACGCUCAAUACACUCAUAUUCUUCCGGUUCAUGUCAGGUGUUGGCGGCUCAGGAUGUCAAACCAUUGGCGGUGGUAUUAUCGGCGACAUGUUUCCUAUAACUGAACGUGGAAAGGCAAUGACUAUCUGGAUGCUGGGUCCCGUUGUCGGCCCUACCGUUGCGCCUGUCAUUGGUGGCUUUGUGUCUGAGACCAUCGGCUGGCGUUGGGUCAAUUGGCUGUCCUUUAUACCCGCUGCUAUCGUGGUGGUAGCCAUGAUCUUCUUGAACCGUGAGACAAAUCAUCGAGUGUUGAUUGAACGAAAGACAAAGAGGCUUCAAAAGGAGCUCAGCCAGCCCGAGCUCCGGAGUUGCUACACUGACCCCGAUGCCCCUGUCCUAAGCAAGAGACAGAUCCUGACGCUUGGACUGAUUCGGCCAAUGAAGAUGCUUUUUCGUUCGCCAAACAUCUUUGGGCUGUCGCUGUACAUUGCCUUUGCGUAUGGAUGCCUGUAUCUCCUCUACAACACCAUCCCAACCACAUUCGAGGGCAGCUAUGGCUGGACUCUGGGUAUCACAGGCCUGGUGUAUCUCACGCUGCUUGUCGGGUAUGGAAUCGGCCUGCUGUCGUUUGCUCUUCUCUCUGACAGCACAGUUAUCCGUAUGACUGCUGCCAACGACGGUGUUUACGAGCCCGAAAUGCGUCUCCCGGAUUGCAUCUGGUUUGCCCUCAUUCUGCCUACCACCUUUUUCUGGUAUGGAUGGAGCGCUGACAAGGCCGUUCACUGGAUUGUGCCCAUCAUUGGUAUUGCGCCGUUUGGAAUUGGCAUCGUAGGAGUUUUGUUGCCCAUUCAGACAUACAUUGUCGAUGCAUAUCCGGAAUAUGCAGCGAGUGGCCUUGCUGGAUUUGCCGUCUUGCGAAAUACGAUAGCUGCCUUCUUGCCCUUGGCUGGGCCUCAGUUGUAUAAGAGCUUGGGAGUGGGCUGGGGAAAUUCUCUGCUUGGGUUUAUUGCGAUAUCGUUGAUUCCCCUUCCGGUCCUGAUAUACAAGUACGGCAAAUGGAUGAGGCAACGGUUCCCCAUCGAGCUGUGA